AUGAAUCAGGUGACGAUUCAGUUGGAGGCCUUAAUAACCCUUUAUAUUCUCUUCUACUGGUGUCAUGCAGGAAUUACCAGUAUAAAGUGCUCCGGCAACCUCUGGGUAGAACCAGCCACGGUUUUUAAAAUGGGCAUGAACAUCUCUGUAUAUUGCCAAGUAGCUGGUAUGAAGUGCCAACCAAGACACCUUUAUUUAUAUAAAAAUGACCUAAAAGAAAGAUUUCACAUGUCCAAGAUGAACAGAACCACAGCUCGACACUGGUUCAGGAACUUUCUGGAGCCGCGGGCCUCGGUGUACUGUACUGCGCAGUGUCCUGGUCGUUCGCAGGAGACGCUGGUGUGCGGACAGGACAUCUCUUCAGGAUUGUCUGGCAGCUCUGUGUCGCAUGGUGGGGACAAGCAGGCAGGGCCACACUCGGAUGUGGGGGUACAGCAAGGUCAGAGUGCGGUGCUUCUUCCUAAGUCCCUGUCCACGCUGCUCACCAUGCAUGACAGCUGGGGACCCAAACACUGCCACAUUGGUGGGGCCGAGGGUCUUGUGUUGCUCUUUCUUUUAAGUCUGGAGACAGGGGAGGAGCGAUGGUAUCCCACCUCGAGCUACUUGAAAAUCUCCACUGAGGAGCUGCCCGCCGGCAGGGAGUUCCUGGUUCAGGUUCAGGCUGCAAAUGCACUCGGCACGGAGGAGUCCAGACCCUUGCGUGUUCGUCUGGAUGACAUAGUGAUUCCGUCUGAGUCCGUCAUUUCCAGGGCUGAGACCCUCGGUGCCACAACCCCCAAGACCAUCGUCUACUGGGGAAGCAACACAGUGCUGGAGAAGGUGUCCUGCGAGAUGCGGUUCGCAGCCGCUGCCAACCACACGUGGACGGUUACAGAGUUGAACACCAGCUUCAUACACGCACAGUGGGCCGAGUUCUUCUUGGAGCCGGACACUAAUUACACAUUUCAAGUGAGAUGUCGGGAAGCAGGCAAGAGGCACUGGCAGCCGUGGAGCGCACCCUUUUAUCACAGAACUCCUGAUACCGUCCCCCAGGUCACACAGGAUUCACAGCAGCGCGGUGCUCAGGACUUGGACUCUGGGCCCCUGGUCGCUCCUGUCUUAAAAGGACAUCUGGCUUCUGACCGCAGGCAAGAUGUUGGACUUCUGUCAGGGAUGGUCUUCUUCGCCGUGACGCUCUCCGUUCUUUCUCUGAUUGGGAUCUUUAGCCGAUCACUCCGCACCAGAAUUAAAAGAAAGCUCUUACUGCUGAUACCAGCAUGGCUUCAUGAAGAGAUUCCUAACGUGGAGAAUAGUAAUGUUGUGAAGAUGCUGCAGGAAAAAGAUGAAUUUGUGAGUAAUAAUCCUGGUGAGCAAGUCCUUUAUGUGGAUCCCGUGAUUGCAGAGAUAAGAGAAGUUGUUCUCCCAGAGGAGUACAAGCCUGCCCAUCACAGGAAGGAAGCGAGUGCAGGAGGCCAGGCAGCUCAGGCAGCCGCUCUCCCCAGCAGCGCCGUGGUGUACGUUCCUGCCCUCAGCUCUGGGUACAAACCCCAGAUCUCGGGUCCUCUCCCCGGGGGAGAUCACCUUAGCAGCGGUGAGGAGACCAAUCCCUCACCCCUUAGAGCAACGGUGGGCUCCCUUGACCUAGCAAAAAAUGCCAGGGGUGGACAGCAUCCCCAGUUUGCUUUUCCUGUGUCCAGCAUGGAUUCAUUAAGUGGCACACUAAUUCUUGAAGAAUUAAGCCUUAUUCUCAAUCAAGGCGAGUGCGGCCCUCCUGACAUACUGAACACAACAGAGGGCGAAAGCACCCUGCUUUUAGGAAGUGACGCCGUCCCGGAACAGACUGUGUUGCCCGAUGAGUUUGUCUCCUGCUUGGGGAUCGUGAACGAGGAGCUGCCAUCUGCUAACCCUUACUUUCCACAAAAUAUUUUGGAAAGCUGCUUCAGUAGGAUUUCACUCCCACAAAAGUAG